AUGGCCUCGAGGGGCGUUUCGGUGCUCAAAUUCGUCGGCACCGUGUCGCUCGGUGUCAUGACGGGCCUCUCCUACACCCUCUCUUCCCUUACCAUCCCGGCCCUGUUAACCCUUCCCUCCGCCGGCUCCGCCGCGCGCGCCUUCGACUCUCUGACCAGCACCGCGACGCAACAUCUGCGCUCGCUUGCCGCCUUGUCCUCGACCGCCUUCAUCCUCGCCUACAGCCUCUCACCGCGCCCACUGCGCCACCCAUAUUUGUUGUACGUCUCGGCCCUCGUCCUCGGUAGCCAGAUCGCCGCCACCGACCUUGCCGCGCCCUACUUGGUCUCUCUCGGCCCCGUACGCACUUCUGCGGCCGGUAGCUCGUCAGCGGCUGCGAGCAAGAAGCAGAAGGAGAAGGAGAAGCGUGCUGCCGCUCGGGCACGCAUGGAGGCGAGCUAUGAGGUGCUUGGCGCUCCUACUUCGGAUGCCCACAGUGAGGGCAGUGCCGGAGAGGACGUUGAGGAAGGCGAGGUGAACGGGGAGGAAGUCCGCGCCGACGUGGAGGUAUUCCUCAAGAAGCAGGUCGUGCAGAGUGCGCUUGCUGGGCUGGGCUUCUUACUCUCCGUUGUGGGGAUCUGGGGCGACGGUGUCAGCCCGGUAUACGGACAGGCUGUAUUUGUUGACGUUUAA